GCCCCCUUUCUCAUUUCCAGCCCCGCAGAGCUCCAUUUUCUUCUUUCCCGAUAUUCAGAGUAGCGGAGGAGCGAAGACUUGGAAAAAUGGAUGAAGAUUACGACGUCAUCGUCCUGGGCACCGGGCUCACGGAAUGCAUUUUAUCAGGAAUCAUGUCGGUGAAGGGGAAGAAGGUUCUGCACAUGGACCGCAACUCCUACUACGGAGCUGAGAGCGCCUCCAUCACGCCUCUGGAGGAUCUCUACAAGCGCUUCGACAUUCCGGGUAAACCUUCUGAGUCCAUGGGAAAAGGCCGGGACUGGAAUGUGGAUCUCAUCCCCAAGUUCCUUAUGGCCAAUGGUCAGCUGGUGCGCAUGCUGCUGAUCACAAAGGUGACCCAGUACCUGGAUUUCAAAGUGAUCGAGGGCAGCUUUGUGUACAAGGCGGGAAAAAUCCAUAAAGUGCCCUCCACCGAGACCGAGGCUCUGUCAUCAAGUCUGAUGGGGAUAUUCGAGAAGCGGCGCUUCAAAAACUUCCUCCAGUUCAUCUCCAACUUCGACGAGAACAACCCCAAAUCCAUGGAGGACGUGGACCCCAAAAAGACGACCAUGAGGACCAUUUACCAAAAGUUCAAACUGGGCGAUGAUGUCAUGGCCUUCACCGGCCACUCCCUCGCCCUCUACCGCACAGACCACUACUUGGAUGAGCCCUGCAUCGAGACGAUAAACAGGAUCAAGCUGUACAGUGAGUCUCUGGCCAGAUACGGCAAGAGCCCGUACCUCUACCCGCUGUACGGCCUGGGAGAGCUGCCUCAGGGGUUCGCCAGGCUGAGCGCCAUCUACGGCGGGACGUACAUGUUGAACAAGCCCAUCGACGAGAUCGUGAUGAAGGAUGGGAAGGUGGUGGGAGUCAAGUCCGAGGGAGAGAUCGCAAGGUGCAAGCAGCUAAUCUGCGACCCCAGCUACGCCAUGGACCGUGCCACCAAAGUGGGCCAGGUGAUCCGAGUCAUCUGCAUCAUGAACCACCCGGUCGCCAACACGGGCGACAUCAACUCCUGCCAGAUCAUCAUCCCCCAGAGCCAGCUCGGUCGGAAGCACGACAUCUACGUCUGCAUGAUCUCCUUUGCGCACAACGUGGCGGCCCAGGGCAAAUACAUCGCCAUCAUCAGCACCACGGUGGAGACGAAAGACCCCGAGAAUGAGAUCAAGCCGGCCCUGGACCUGCUGAUGCCCAUCGAGCAGAAGUUUGUCAGCAUCAGCGACCAGUACGCCCCCACCGACAUGGGCACCGACAGCCAGGUCUUCAUCUCCCACACGUACGACGCCACGACUCACUUCGAGACCACGUGCGACGACAUCAAGGACAUCUACCGGAGGUUGACGGGCUCAGAAUUUGACUUUGCCGAAAUGGAGCGCAAGAAGCAGGACACCUUCGGCGACGCCUGCGACUAGAGGCGGAGACGCCGCCCGCGACAUCGCCCCCGAUCACCACAGACGACGACGACGUCUGGCAUCUUACACAAAAAUAGUAAAAGAGAAAACUACACAAAAAUUCACACACCGACGGGCCGGCUGCCCAUUGAGGAAGUUUAUGAUAUAUAGAUAUGAUAUAGUGUUGUUGGAUGUGGUUCAGGGGGAGGAGCUAGGUGUUUAAAACCCACACUAGGGGUUAUGCCUCUUAUACAGUAAUACCCGACAUUCUUCUGCCCCAUCGUGUCGAGAUGAUGCAUAAUUCAAAGAUGCAAAAUGAUAAUUCAUAAAACUCUUACAAAGUGGGGGGAAUUUGUGUCAGCGAGGGGGGGGGGGUCGUCGUCCAAUUGUUCCGUCAAUAUAUAAAAUGCAUUUGCAAGAUAAAUAAUAUCUAUACAUCAGUUAUUGGUCUUUGCAAGUAUUAUUUCAUGUCGGGGUGAGAGAGAAGCGUCUUAAAAGUUGAAUCAUGCGAGCAGCGUUCAGAAGGGGGAGGGGCGUGAUAUUUCUAUGUCCAUGUGUUUUCUGUUUUCUUUCGACCCCCUUUCCGUCGCAUCUCAUAAACCAUGCGAGGGCGACUGUAGAUCCCAUAAUGCAUCAGAGAUGUGAGUUCCCGUAUCAUGCAGUGAGUGACGGAGGAGCAUUAGCAGCCGCCUGGUGGGACGUGUGCUUCAUUGUAAUCGCUUACGAAGGACCAAAAUGUGUACUGCAGCAGUAUUGAAUUGAUGAGAGCCCGUUUGGUUUCUUCUGUCUUAAUCAAACACGUCUUGGGCUCAAAUGAUUUCUAUACUGCAAAGUAAAAACUAAAGUUUGUCAAAAAGCCAA